AUGCUGACCAGACAAGCAGAAUACGCUGGCACAGCCUUUUCACGCUCGUCCCCUCUCUCUGCGGCUCGAUCGCCCGACACCGCAUCGCCUAUCUUCCCAGAGCGAGCUAUUCGCCCACUCCCUAAGAGCAGGCUAAAGUCCAAGCUGUCGCCCGAGCAGGUAUCGACUCUGGUCUUUCCUCCCGAUCCACCGCCCAUCUCGCCUGCCCUGAGCUUCAACAUACAAGACACCGGGGCGUCGGCGCAACAGCCGCGCCUGACAAAUGGCGACUACCACCACCAGCAGGAGCAUAGACAUCACCAUGCAGUUCAUCAUGAUCAUUGCACAUGUGGCGAGAGUGGGGACAGUGGAGAUGACGAGGUAGAAUUCGACCACCCAGACUACAGAUACGCAACCGCACCGACGCCAAACGGAACUGCAUUGAAGCCGGAUUCUCUACAGCGGAGAUUGCUUGAAGCUUCGCGCGGCUCUCAAAAGCCUCCACCUCCGGGUUCGGCCGCAUCUUCAGCAGAUGGGUACGAAAGCUUUGAAAAUACGAGCAACAAGAAGAAGCGAAAGAUUCCUUUAUCUGGAGCUUCGAGCAUGCACCAGAGCCAAUUAAGUGCUGAAAUGGCGAACAUGGGCAUUAGCAGUCCGCAAGAAGACGAAGAGGGGGAGCAUGGAACCAACUGUGUGUCUAGUCCUACGGUGCAGUACAGUCCGCAUUCUGCGCCUCCUUCUGCUGGCUCUGGUACUGGGAUCAGUGGAGCAGGUCGAGGCCGAUAUGGCAGACAGGAUGGCAAGCAUCGAAGACCGCUGGGUAGCAACACGAUGAACACAGUCAAUGGCUAUUCACGUGCUCCUGCCCGCGGCGGUGAUGCAAAGAAUGACUCUGGUAAAUUCCAAACCCGAACUGCUGGGUUCAAUGAGACUGAGUCGGCUGACGUAAUAUCAAACACAGAUCCCGGCAUCGAAAACACCGGCGGAAUCAUCUCCCAAGCCAUCAAGACUGCUGCCGAACAAGGCCCGCUGACACCUUCAGGCAAGGGCAAGGAUAACGUGAGCUUGCUGCAGUCUGCAGCCAGUCCUGCGAAUUCUGCAACGCCCAAAACCCAAUUCACUUUCACAUGCGAAUCCGACUCUGCUACGAAAAUGGUCGACCAGCACACUCACUAUCCAGCUGGACCACCCACACCUGCACGAAUUGCGCAUCCCGGGACAAAACCUGCGCAUGGCACGCAGACCUCACCGCCUCUACGACAACAGCCAAACAAUGUCGCACGACCACCACCUCCACCUGCGAACACUGCACCACCGCCGGGACAAGCUCAGCAGCAGGCUGCUCCACCUCCCAGACCGAAGCCGAGACGAAACCCUACCAAAGAGUAUGCAUAUCAAGCUUCACAGCGGAAGAAGAAUCAGCAAUAUCAGAAUUAUCAUCAUCGUCCCAAGCCUGAUGAUAUGUGGAUAUGCGAGUUCUGUGAAUAUGAGGACAUAUACGGAGCGCCGCCAUAUGCCAUGAUUCGCCGCUAUGAGAUCAAAGAUCGCCAGGAGCGUAAGAAGGCUGCUGAAAAGAAGAGGUUGCUGGAGAAAGCCAAGAUGAAAGGACGGAAGAACAAGAAGGGAGCAGGAAAGGGCAAGAACAAUAAUGCCAACAACGCACCUCCUGCUGCGCCAGCCCACCCGCAAAACUACGAUCCGAAUCUCCCUCCACCUGGAGACGAUGAGUACUACGACGACGAGGAUUACGCCGAAGAUCAUUACGAGCCCAUUGGUCCUGACGAUCAAUACCCGCAAGACUAUUACCCGCCGCCGGUUCCUACGGGCACUCCUGCACCAUCAACCCCAGCAGGUGGUGGAGGCGGAGCACGGGCACACGCAUAG